AUUUGGGUCAUGGUACUAGGAAAUGGAAUCCUAAAAUGGCACCUUUUAUUUUUAUAAAGCGUAAAGAUAUUCAUAUUAUAAAUCUGAUCGGAACUGCUCGUUUUUUAUCGGAAGCUUGUGAUUUGGUUUUUGAUGCAGCAAGUAGAGGAAAAAAUUUUUUAAUUGUGGGUACUAACACUAAAACAGCUAAUUUAGUAGCCCGAGCUUCCAUAAAGGCCCGAUGUCAUUAUGUUAAUAAAAAAAUGGCUUGCCGGUAUGUUAACGAAUUGGUCCACCACAGAAACAAGACUUCAGAAGUUUAGGGACUUGAGAAUGGAACAAAAAAAGAGGGGGUUCCAUUAUCUUCCAAAAAGAGAUGCAACUGUGCUCAAAAGACAAUUAGCGCGUUUCGAAACAUAUCUGGGUGGAAUUCGAUAUAUGACAGGCUUACCCGAUAUUGUAAUCAUUAUUGAUCAGCACAAAGAAUAUAUGGCCUUGCGAGAAUGUAUAACUUUAGGAAUUCCAACAAUUUCUUUAAUCGAUACUAAUUGCGACCCCAAUCUAUCAGACAUUUCAAUUCCAGCAAAUGAUGACGCUAUCUCUUCAAUUCGAUUGAUUCUUAACAAAUUAAUAUUUGCAAUUUGUGAGGGCCGUUUUAGCUAUAAAAUAAAUUCUUGAUAAAGAAAUAAAAA